ACUGUCACUAAGGAAACUUCUAGAGCCCCAGCAGUUGAUUCUUAGCACACGUUUAACGAUUAGUUUCCAUCAGUUUCGUGAGAGCCAGUGCUCGAAGAAUUUAUAAGAAAACCGCUCGACUCGAUAUUACAUAUUAUUACAUAUACCAACUUCAAAAAUCAUUAUUGUUUCUUAAAAAAAUGGUGAAAGAAACCAAGUUUUACGACAUCCUGGGCGUAAAACCCGGUUGUAGUCAAGAUGAUCUGAAAAAAGCGUAUCGCAAACUCGCUCUUAAAUAUCAUCCCGAUAAAAAUCCAAAUGAAGGCGAUAAAUUUAAACAAAUCUCACAAGCUUACGAGGUCCUUUCGGAUCCGGAAAAGAAGCGAAUUUAUGAUCAAGGGGGUGAACAAGCCUUGAAAGAGGGAGGAAUGGGUGGUGGAUUCUCCAGUCCCAUGGACCUCUUUGAUAUGUUCUUUAACGGUCCAUUUGGAGGUAGAGGAAGCCGGAGGAGAGAACGUCGAGGUAAAGAUGUCGUUCAUCAACUCAGUGUGACCUUGGAGGAACUUUAUAAGGGUACCGUUCGUAAGUUGGCAUUGCAGAAAAGCGUUAUUUGUGAUAAAUGUGAGGGUCGUGGUGGAAAAAAGGGAGCUACAGAACAAUGUCCAACUUGUAGAGGGACUGGAAUGCAAGUACAAAUUCAACAAUUAGCCCCAGGUAUGAUUCAACAAAUUCAAUCGAUGUGCUCUGAUUGUCGCGGUCAAGGCGAAAGAAUUAGCCCUAAGGAUCGUUGCAAACAAUGUCAGGGUAAAAAAGUGAUUCGAGAUCGUAAGAUUUUAGAGGUUCAUGUUGAUAAAGGUAUGACGGAUGGUCAAAAAAUUAUCUUCAACGGUGAAGGUGAUCAAGAACCUGAAUUAGAACCAGGUGAUAUUAUAAUUGUCUUAGAUGAAAAAGAACACCCGACUUAUCGACGAUCAGGAAAUGAUUUAAUCAUAAGACAAGAAAUUCAAUUAGUUGAGGCUCUUUGUGGUUUUCAAAAAAUCAUUAAAACUCUCGAUGAUCGUGAUCUGGUUAUAACAGCUAUACCAGGUGAAGUGACGAAACACGGCGAUGUAAAGUGCGUUUUGAACGAAGGUAUGCCCCAGUAUAAGAAUCCGUUUGAAAAAGGACGUUUGAUUGUACAAUUUUUGGUUGCCUUUCCAACCGAAAUUAACACGGAAAUUAUUCCGCAAUUGGAAUCUUGUUUACCGCCAAGAAUUGAAAUUAUGAUUCCCGAUCAAGCAGAGGAAUGCACUUUGAUUCCGUUUGAUCCCGAAGAGGAAGCCAGGCGGCGUCAACAAAAGAACGCUUAUGAUGAGGAUGAUGAUCAUGGUCAUGGACAAAAAGUACAAUGUGCAACUAACUAAGAACUUCCUUUAGGUUCUUUGGAGGGUAUAUUAAAAUAGAAAUUUAAUAGAUGUAUUUUCUUCAUAGUGUAAUUUUCAUUUGCUAUUAAAUACGUCGAUGUCAUCUUACUUUUUUUUUCUUUUGGGAUUUUCGUGGUGUUUUUUUAAUUAUAAUUUAAUAGUUGAAUUAUACUUUAUUUAUUUUGAUUUAAAUUCCCUUUGUUGAUGAUGUACUCGUUUUCUUUUUUUGAGUGUAUAUUUUUUAUAUUUAGUUUUUUAUGAAAAAAACGAUUUAUAAUAUGUGCGACUACGUCUUAUAUCAUUUUCAAAUAAUAAAGAAACAAUUUCACGUAAAUAUUGUACCAUUGAACUCAGUAUUAUCUGCUAAAUAAAGUACUAUAUCCACAAGA